GCCUUUAUUUUAAUAAUGUUUUCCUUUAUAUUAGGUAAUAAGCGAGUUGAGAGGCUAAGGAAGAGGCCUAAGGAGACUUCUUCUAAAGCAAAGACUAUGCAAAAACCCUUUAGUAAAGAGCCCGUCAAAGUACUCUCGAUUUCUGUAAUUGCAGACGGAUAUAAUUAUUAUAUAGGAGCAGUUAACGAGUUUAAUUACUUGACUGCCCAGAACGCUGGUUUGCGGUACGUGGAGCGAGGAGGGCAUUAA